GGGAGGAGAGGGGCAGGGGCUGCGGCGCGCGGACGGACAGACACAGGUGCGGGGCAGCCCGAGCGAGAGCUGCCAUGGAGGGGCCGCGCGGGCCGCCCCGCGUGGAGGCGUACCGGGCGGGCAUGGUGCUGAGCGGCGCGGGCGACGCGCUGGGCUACCGCGGCUCGCUCUGGGAGUACUGCCCCUCGGGGCCGCAGAUCCAGGCCGAGCUGGCGGCGCUGGGCGGGCUGGCGGCGCUGCGUGUGGCGCCCCCCGACUGGCCCGUCAGCGACGACACGGUGCUGCACCUGGCCACCGCCGAGGCCCUGGCCACCGGGCUGUCGGGGGACGCGCUGCUGCAGGAGCUGGCGCGGCGCUACGUGGAGGCGAUGGGUGACAUGGAGGGGCGCAAGCCGGGGCCCACCAGCAUCCUCGGGACGUCCCAGUUGCGCCCGGGGCAGCCGGGGGGGCACCGCAUCCCCUUCAACCCGACGGGCACCGGCUGCGGGGCCGCCAUGCGCGCCAUGGCCAUCGGCCUCAGGUGGGUGCAGGGGCGGGAGGCAGGCGGGGCCCGGCUGGGCUGUGACCGCCACCUGCCCCGACAGGUACCCGCGCCCCACGGACCUGCCGCACCUGAUCCGGGUCAGCGUGGAGAGCGGCCGCAUGACGCACCACCACCCCACGGGGUACCUGGGCGCGCUGGCGGCGGCACUGCUCACGGCGCUGGCGGUGCAGGGCGUGCCCCCGGAGCAGUGGGGCGCCCGCCUGCUGCAGACCUUGCCCCUGGCGCAGGCCUACGUGCGGGACGCGGGCGGCGACGUGGCCCCCAACAUGGAGGCCUGGGCGGACUUCCCCGAGCGCUGGGCCCGGUGAGUGAGGGCGCGCGGACCGGGGGGGCAGCCGGGGCCCCUCUCACCCUCCCGCUGCCGCCCCGCAGGUACCUGGCGGAGCGGGGCCUGGCCACGGGCAGCGGCCCGGCGCGGUUCCCCGAGCCGUACGGCCCGGCGGAGCGCGAUGUGGCCUACACCGCUCUCAGCCUGGACGGCUGGGCCGGGCGCAGCGGGCACGACGCCCCCAUGAUCGCCUACGACGCCCUGCUCGGUGCCGGCGCCAGCUGGGACCAGCUCUGCGCCCGCGCCGCCUUCCACGGGGGGGACAGCGACUCGACGGCCGUCAUCGCGGGGUGCUGGUGGGGCGUCACCCACGGCCUGGACGGGGUGCCCCCCGGCAACCACGCGCACCUGGAGUACCGCGCCCGCAUGGUGGAGGCCGCCGACCGCCUGCACGCCCUGGCCUGGGGCUCCGCGCCCGCUGCGGGCCCCUCCUGAGCUUGCCCCGGACACCGGGGUGCCCUCCUGACCCGCUGCCCCCCCCCCCCGCCCCCCGAUGCCCCCAGAAGCCCGAGUCCUGUCCCCCAGCCCCUGCCCAGACGCGGGUCCUGCCAGCCCCACCAGUGUGCAAUAAAGCGGUUCUGCCAGCAA